GGCCGACCACGUGACAAAUCUCGGGAAAUAUGGCGUGAAGUUGGCACGAAGAUGGUUGUUGCAAGUUACGAAAGAGUAGACGAUUUCUCGCGGGGAAGUCGCUUCCCGAUUGUCCGGAAAAAGUGCCGCACCGCUGUUUUCCACGUCGGAUCCAGCUAGCGGGAGGCAGUGCAAUGUUAUACGACAUCAAAUGGAUCAUACCGAAGCUCCGAGAUCCGAGCAGGCUCUGGAACAUCGCGAGCAGUAUAACCUGCGCGGCGGUAGGGAUUUUCUCUAAAAUCAUUAUAGGUAGAAUUGUCUAUGCGUUACCGCCCAACGAAGGGCACAGGAAAUCGGUGAUUGGCCCUUGCCGACCUCUCAAAUGGCUAAACAGAACGACGGUGUACAACAAGCAUAUUAUCAGGCGAGCUCUAGAUUGCCGGCCGAGAAAUGUCCCUCUGAUCACCGUCUCGAAUCACCACAGUUGCUUUGACGAUCCGGGCAUCUGGGCGUCACUGGACCUGAGGCAUUACCUGAAGCGACGCAUCGUCAGAUGGUCGCUCGCGGCCCACGACAUUUGUUUCACGAAAGCCUGGCACUCCUACUUCUUUAUGCUGGGUAAGUGUAUACCGGUAGUCAGAGGUGCCGGAAUCUAUCAGGAAGCGAUGGAUUUCUGCAUCGAGAAGCUGGCGUCCGGGGGAUGGGUGCACGUUUUCCCCGAAGGGAAGAUCAACAUGCUUAAAGAGAACAUAAGAUUAAAGUGGGGCGUGGGGAGGUUAAUAAUGGAAUCACCUGUUGUACCCCUAGUGAUUCCGAUCUAUCAUCUUGGAAUGGACCAAGUUCUCCCUCCCGAGCCACCGUACAAGUUAGGUUUCCGGAACAAGGUCACCCUGUAUUACGGUGACCCCAUAGAUUUUAACCAAUUAGUAAGCGAGUUGCGUGCGUCGAAUGCGAGCGAAACAGAAAUAAGGAAAGCGAUCACGGAUCGAAUUCAAGAGGAGCUUUUAAGAUUGAAGACGAUAACCGAGAAGCUCCACGAGAAGUUAUGAUGAUCGAUUGGGUCCAUCGCACCCGACCCCAAUUAGCUUUAAUUUAUGAAAAGAGAAGAUAACGGUUAAAAUCGAAUUACAAUACGACUAUAGGUGACACUCGCGCUGGAAUUACUUUUAUUAGAGGGGAUCAAAGUCACCUAUAAACGACAAUUAAUAUUAAUAUUUUACGUAAUUGUGCAAUGUAACGGAUAGGUCGGGACAGAAGUGAUUUUUUUAAAAGAUUUCGGGGAAAGAAAAAUGGGAAACAAGCUACGCUCAUGACAGUUGACUUCGGAUUUUAAUUUGAUUACAAGUCCUCCAGACUUAAUUAAGAAUGCCAUAUAUGUAUGUUCUCACGGUGACAGAAUUGCGUGGAUAGCAUUGUAUAUACAUACUUAUGUGUACAUAGGACUAACUAUGUUACAUAAAAACUCGUGCGGAUUGUGAAUACAAGGAAAAUUUUCGACGGAAUCGUAAAACGCGAAAGCUCUCGAACGUAAAGUGGAAAACUUCGCCAUCGCGUCGCCUGCGAUCGCCGGUCUCCGGACAUUUGGUUACAGCGACCUAGCGGAACUCUAUAAUUUGUGAUCAUAUACGGUUAACGUAAUACAAUCUCGUAUGUUUGUAAUAAUUAAAAUUAAGAUUCCUUUUACGUGUAACGAGAACAAAGAACGGAAAACGAAGAAAGAAGAAGAAGAAACUUUUCUACCGUUGCACGCGGACGAAAUACAAUUGUACGGAAAAAGGAAGGCGUUUACUCCGAAUGGAAGAUACAUGCGAGGGGAAAUGUUCCUUAGAGCCAAACACAUUCAACAAUCUUUGAUACGUAGUUGUGUAACUAUUGCACGCGCACACUCGAGCCAUGUUGUUACUGCUCAGAAUUUACAAUCACACAUUUAGACAGCGAUGUUCAUACAUAUAUAUUUUUGAUAUAUUGAGAAUUUAUAAUAUAGUAUUAAAGAUCCUUCGAAUGAUAAAAAUAUUGCAAAGAUAUGCAUAUCCUUGUAUUUAUUAAACUUUCGUAGCGAGUAGUAAAAUAUCUCCUACAUGAAAAUCUAUUUUUUUUUCUGUGUUGAAAUUUGUUAUGGACUAAGAUAUUAUCUCAAGUACAACGUGAUCGUUCUCCUUAAACGCGGUUACUUUUUAUUUUAAUGAAUUUCCACAUUUAGGAUAAUAUUGGUCUGUUGCGAAACAGCCCAGAGAUAUGGUGUAAUUUGAUCACGAUCUCCGUUACCCCCCCAAGUGUUUAAAAAAUUUCUAAAGUACACUCGGAGUCGUCUUAUCGUUAGUUACUUGAUAAAUAUAGAUCUCGUUUUAUUCUGAUUUCACAAUUCUCGAUAAAACAAAUAUUUAUAUUACUCUAUGAAGUAUAGCAUUUACACGGAAAAACUCAACAAGUUACAAUUUCAAAAUUAACGUCACAUAUGAAAGUCGCGUCUAUAUUACAUAAUUCCCGUAACAAUAUUCACAGACAUUUUUUUUCUUUUUCAUACAUAUUACAUGUAUAUUUAUAUACCUAUAUAAAUGUACUGUUCUGUGACAUAUAUAUAAGAAAUAGGUUACAGUUGUUCGUUACCAUUAAUAUACCUAUUUACCGACUGAAAAAUCGCAUAUAUACUCCUCUUGGCACAUUUUCUCGUCGCCGUAGAAACGGACGGCUCCGAUUUCUACGGCUCGACACAACGAAAGCAACAUACAGUAUAUCCGUUCACGGGGGGCGAACGAGAUUCACAGAAAAUGUCGAUCGGGCUGUACAUUUAAUACGUUACACAUAAACUUUGAAUAGACGAAACGGUACAAUACAUUCAACGAGAGGAAAUUUACGCGACAGGAAUGAACGUCGUCGGUUUGGUCAUACACGAAUUAUCGUUCUCGAUUUCUUUCUCUUAACGUUUUGUUUUUUUUUUAUUUAAGAUUCACAACAGAAUGAUAAAACGAAACCAUUGGAAAUAAUGAUCGCGAGACUUGGAGCAAGUAAUUCUUACAGUUAAUAGAUCACCCAUUUGUAAUCAUGGAAGCGACAUCGUUACACGAAUAAAAUCCAUUACUCUUAAUUCUAACGGAAUCAAGAGAAAAAUUCUUUUUUAAAUACCAUGAUUAUUUGACUACCGUGUCCAGUUACACAUAUACAGUUACAAUAUACAAAAGAUCGUCUUUUUAAAAUCUUUUCGUACAUUAAUUCGUCUACAAUCACAAUCCGAAUCUGGACGGUACUGAAAGAAUAAAAAUCAGCAGCUAAAUAUGUGACAAAUAUUAACUGUUUCUAG